AUGACCAGCGCCCAGUAUCUCAUGCCAAGUGCGCACCACCAUCACGAUAACUUGCCCGGUUCUACUGCUUGCACCAGCGGCCCUGCCUCUGUUGUUUACUCGUCACCGGACCUUGACCCCUACAGUGCUAUCUCUGGAGUCUCUUCUUUCAACUACCCAGCCGCUGCAGACUCGACACUCCUCACGCCAGUUUCUGGAGCCGGCAGUCCGCCUUUGCAGCAAAGAGCCACCUCAAAGCCACCGAUGAGAAAUUACCAUUCGCAGUCGGCCAUUCCUGGACCACAAGUCCCAACACCCCCAAACUCAUCCAAGAUGUACUACAGCGGUUACGACGUCAACAACAGCAGCCAGGGAUCCUCUCCUAUCACAGUCCAUCCUGCGGCCACCGAGGGAGGGCAUUUUGACAUGUACAUGGCUCACUCUCCCCCAAUGAGCCACCACCCAUCCUCUCCCAAAUCUGAGGUUCCACCGCCAAUCGACCCCUAUCUUGGAUCCUACAAUGUUUCGGCCAACAACGGGGAGAUAAUACACCAGCCUUUCCAGGAGUACCACGCCUUCAAUGUUGACGUGGGGCCGUCGGGACCGUAUCUGGGUCAGCCGCCACACAUGCACCAUCGCAUGCCUUCCAACGGCGGACACGCUCCCGUCUUAGCUCAGCCAAACCCAUCCCACUUUAGGCCAGACACGACCCCCAGAAUUGGAGGCAUUGAAGACUUACGUGAUCCCUCUGUAUUACUCGGCGGCUACCCGUCCCACGCGGCUCUUAGUCCCGGAAGAAGACCCCAGCAGCGCAAGAAGCCGUCACCGGCACGAAAACCAGCUCGCACACCCAAGUCAACACCUCAAAUAGGUUCAGAAUCAGGCGCGAAUGGUCAAUUGGAUGAUGGUGAUCAGGACGAGCUCACACUGCGGGACGAUGCACCCGAUGAUGACAAGUAUCUCUUCCAGCUCCGGAAAGAGUUCAUCUCGGAGAAGGGGAAGGGCAUGUGGGAAGAGAUGAAGGCCAAGUACUCGGAGAAGCACCAAGGCAACUGGGAAAAGGCGGCUCUUCAGAUGAAGGUCUCGCGUGCCGUUGCCAAGUAUGGUGUCUGGCCGAAGAGAGAGAUCGAGCGACUUAUGGAAGCCCACCGAUACUACGAGGAAAAGAGAUAUCAACUUAUACUUGCACGCAUGAAGGAAAGCGGUGGCUGUCGCGUUUGGGACUGGAAGCCACAGCACAUCGAGGCCAUGCUUGUCAAGCUUGGUAUGGAGGAGCCCACAGUUGAUGAGAAGACUGGUACAAGACGGCGCAAGAACAAAGCAGCCCGUCGAAGGGCCACUUCGCAAAACAGCCAUCACAACACACAUGUCAUGGGUGACUGGUCGAACGGGCUCGGUCUCCAUCACCCUGCCUUCCAGGGUCAUGCUCACCACGUCGCAGCGGCGGCGGCGGCACGACAGGCCUCUUACGACAUGAUGAGCGACGACGCCAGCACCGCCCCCCAAUUUAGCUCGGAACAAGAAAACGACUAUCUCGACCAAAUCUUUAACAAGACCCCCAAAGUCGAAGACAGCAUGAGCCCCGAAUCUAUGGAGCUUGCUUAUGAGGACGACGCCGCAUCGCAACACUCGGCAGCCCGCGAGCCGAGUCAUCACCGAAGCGAGCGUGUCGCUCGACAGGCCUGCGAACAAAUGAUGCAGACAAGAGCCACAUAUGCCCAAUAAACAACACUAUACCUGUUUUUUUCACACAAGAAUGCACAUAUUCUGUACUUUUAUUCGUUCAUCUACACGUUUCACAGAUCGGCUUUACAUUACACACUCACCAUUGGGUUCGGCAAAAGAGUGGAGAAAUAACUAAUGCUCGCGCGUACACAACCCUCAACAUUUUCACAUAUUCAACUUUGUCUUGUUUUGGGCUCAAACACAAAGCCAAUUCAGAGUAGCUUUCAAUUUUUUGUGUGGUUCGGGAACGGUGGUGGUGGGGGGGCGUGGUGUUUCGGACGGCGUCACCAAUAUAGGAUGGAUUCACACUUGGGGGAGGCAAAGCACCGCAGAUACGUAUAGAUACCAUUGGUCGGGCAGGCUAUUUGUUUUUUUUAGUUUUUUUUUUUUUAGGAUAUAUGAGAAGGCUCUCUCAAAGCUGUAUCUCCCGAAACUUUUGUCGCAAAUUGACAGAAAUUGAACAAAAAACUUGAAUAUCUCU